AAUGGAGGAGGGGGUUUAGGGCAGAUCUAUGCAUUGGGGUUUUAGUUUCUAGGGUAUAGACCUAGUGGCCUUCGGGAGGGAAAGCAAGCAGAGUUCCCAAAGAAGCGAUAGUUGGAUAGAAUGUUGCAUGUUGGCAAGCAACGCACAGACCGAAUGACAGCCCAUAGAUACCAGAAAAUGGCAACAGUUGUUAACCUGGAACUAGAUGACCAUCAGGACAAAUCUAGCCGCUAUGAACUCCUGGCCUGGCUUAACAAUUUACUACAAACUAAGUUUACUAAUAUGGAAGAGAUAUGCUCAGGGGCAUGUUUUUGCCAGCUGAUAGACUGGCUCUUUCCAGGGUCCAUUGACAUGAACAAAGUGAAGUUUCAGUGUCAGGAGAAGGCAGACUUUCGCCACAACUAUAGUCUUCUGCAGACAGGAUUCAGAAAAAUGGGUGUCACAAAAAAUAUCCCAGUGGAAGAGCUCGUAACAGGGAAAUUCAAGCCUAAUUUUGCUUUUCUGAAGUGGUUCCGGAAGUUUUUCCAAGCUAACAUGACUGGGCAGGUAUAUAACCCACUGGAGGCACGUAAUGGACAAGAGAUUGCACAUGCACAACCUAAUUUUCAGUCUCCCCAGAGAUCAAAAUCACCAACAAACCUCAGUAUGUCUGGAAAAGGGAAGGAGGAUACUGACUCAGAUGUGGAUGUCCCUGAAAAAAAGUCCAUUACUUUUGACCCCCAGUGGCAAGAAACCUUCAAAUGGAUCAAGCCCAGCACUCUGGGGGAUAUCUAUGCAUACUGUACAAUCUGUGAUUUAAAUAUUACUGUGUUUAACUCAGGAUUGCUUGAUUUAAAACACCACCAGCAGUGUAGAAAACACAAAAUGCAAGAAUUAAAGGCAUCCAGAAAAGGAAACCAGGUCAAGGAUUUCACAUGCAGUGAACUCAUGCUGCGCUUCAUUCAAACCCACUGUCUGCGUACUCACACUGAGAAGGUCUCCCAGCGUACAGCUAGACAUGUUCUUGGAUUACAGUACCCAAAAGACAUUUCUGCUGCUGCUAAGAAGGUCUCUUACUGUAUCUACCUUUAUGGACAUGUGGCACUAGAUAAAGAGAGUGAGGAAGAGAACUACAGCUGUGUAGUACUUCUGGGGUUCUUUGACGAAAAGGCUGCAAAACAUCGCAUAAGAAUUCUUGAUAUCUUUCAGCGUGUAGACUCUGAUGAUGCUAUUGUUGAAUCUUUGAAGGACAUUCUGAAACGAUUUGAGUUACCUGUGAGAAACAUGGCAGCUUUCUAUGUUGAUGACCAGGAUGAGAUGUCUGGGAAGGUUUCCCUGGAACUGAAGAACCUCAAUCCAAAUGCAGUGGCUCUUGGUGGGCUUUAUAGUUUGGCAGACUCAGCCUGUAAUGCUGGAGUAAAGGCCUUUUCUGACAAGGUUCAGCAGCUUAUUGUUAACGUUUAUGAACACUGUUCUACUUGUUGCACUAAAAAUGACCAUCUUAAGGGAUUGUUUGCUGGUGUUUGUGGCCUUGAUGGUUCUGUCCAUUCGCUCUCCCAGAACAGCAAAACAUUUUGUAUCCUAAUAAAGAAGGUGCUUGAAAUGUGGACAGACCUGAUCUCAUACUUCACUUCCUGCAGUGAGAAUGAUGACAAGGCUAAACACAUCUGCUCUCAAUUGGAGGAUCCCAAACUCAGGAUCUCCUUCAUGUUCCUGGACCAUGCCCUUGGACCACUUAAAACCUUUAAUGAUCGUCUAGAAAGGCGUGAGGGUUUUGCUCGUGCAGACCUUGUUCAGAUCCUACGGGAAGCAAGUGGCCUACUUCGCUCUUAUGCCUCAUCAUUUCUCCAUCCUCAGGCUGUGGUGCAUUUUCUGAAAGAACAAGACCUAGCCAUCCUUGAGAACCCAAAGCUGCACCUUCCUAGCAAUGAACUGAGCUUUGGUGGGAAUGCAGUGGAGAAAUUUCUGUCUGAGAGGGAAGCAGAGCUGACUGACUUUCUGAAGACAUUUCAGGAUGGGUGUAUAGCUUUUUAUAAGGCACUUACAGCUUGCAUUGCUGAGGGGCUGCCAUUGAGUGACGGUAUCCUGAGGAGUAUGUCUCAACUUCUAAGCCCGGAAGGACGGUUAAAGGUCACAAGCAAAGGUGUUGUAGAACUUGGUGAACAGUUUGGCCUCGUAAUCAACCCAGAGGUAUCUGCCCAGCUCAGAGAUGAGUUUCUAGAAUAUCAGCUCAUUGAGGAAGGAAAUGGGGAAGACAAUGGUGAGAAUGGACAUGCUGAAGGACAACCAGUUUGCUUUCCUAGUCCUUCCUUGGAGCAUCAUUGGAGUUCUGUCCUCAAGACCACUGCCAAAACAUCUGUCUUUAGGCAACUUGUCCUUAGUCUUUUGGCUUUGCCCUGUCCACCUCUUGAAGCUGAGAAAGUCUUUGCUCAGGCAGUGGAGAAUGGGGACAUUGGCCAAUUGGAUGACCAUUUGGCAAACAGUGAGUCUGAUUCCCUCAAAGAAGUGGAUUCCACUAAUGACGAUUCAUCCUCAGAAGUCUCCAGCACUAAGGCAACGCCUGUCAGAAACGGGAGGAAAAAGAAGACAUUAAAGCUGAGUGACCUUUCAGUCUCAGUGAAGCCAUGCACGGUGCGACUGCAGAAGAUAACCAAUAAGACAGCAAUGGACAUAAACAAAAAUGGGGACCAAGUGUUUACUGAAGAUGAUGUAGUUUGGACUAAGGAGGACUCCAUUAGGGGGAUUUAUGGUUGGGAAAGCAGUUUGCGACAGAAGCCGCAGGCCCGCACUGUCUUUCAGGCUGGGUCAGCCACAUGGGCCAAACCACAGAGCCUCCAAUUGGACAAGAAGGAAGAGGCGACAAAAAAUGAUGGAGGCCAAGCUGUAUCAAGCAUCACUACACCAAGUCCCAAGCCUGGAAAGAGAGCACAAAUGUACCAGGAUGGGAAGGGUUUUAAGGUUGGAGAGCUGGUGUGGGGGAAAGUGAAGGGUUUCUCAUGGUGGCCUGGUCUUGUGGUGGCCUGGAAGACAAAGACAUCUCCCCAGUAUCUGAGACGUGUUGAAUGGUUCGGAGAUGGCAUGUUCUCAGAGAUUUAUACAGAGAGACUAAUGCCUUUUGCAGAAUUUGCAAAGUGCUUCUGCAACAAUUCAUAUGCCAGUCUGCCCACUUACAAAGACGCCAUUUACCAAGUUCUUGAGUUGGCAGGUGAGCGUUGCUCACGGACCUUCACAGCCUCGGGGAACAAACAAGAGAUAAAGGCCAUGCUGGACUGGGCUUUUGGGGGCUUUCAACCCACAGGCCCUGAGGGAUUUGCACCUCCAGGUACUUGUGCUUCAUCUGUCAACCAAAAGGCUGAGUCUUCAGACUCUUCUGUGUCUGAAUAUCAACCUCCAGCCAAGAGGAAAUAUGUCCACAGAGGCAGACCUUCCACAACUCAGGAGUACACAAGAGAGCAAAUGGUUGAUCAAGUUUCAGUAAAAGGGAAAAACAUUGAAGAUUUCUGCCUCUCAUGUGGCACUCCAGACACUGAGAUUUUCCAUCCACUCUUUGAAGGCAGCCUUUGUUUAAAAUGCAAGGAGAAUUUUACAGAGACUUUAUACAGAUAUGAUGAAGAUGGAUAUCAGUCUUAUUGCACUAUCUGCUGUGCUGGCCUGGAGGUCAUUUUGUGUGGCAAUGCCAGCUGCUGCAGGUGUUACUGUAAGGACUGUCUGAAUAUGCUGGUUGGACCAGGGACAUUUGACAAGUUGAAAGACGUAGAUCCAUGGAGCUGCUACAUUUGCCUGCCCCCUAACAAAUAUGGUGUGCUUAAGCUCAGGCCAGACUGGAGUGUGCGUGUUCAGGAGUUCUUCGCCAAUAACAGUGCCUUUGAAUUUGAACCACACAGAGUGUACCCCUCAAUUCCCGCUCAACAGCGCCGGCCUAUCAAGGUUUUAUCCCUCUUUGAUGGAAUUGCAACAGGUUACCUUGUUCUGAAAGACCUAGGCUUCAAGUUAGAGCGUUACAUUGCUUCGGAGAUCUGUGAGGACUCUAUUGCUGUAGGGAUGGUCAAGCAUGAAGGAAAGAUUGAAUAUGUCAAUGAUGUGCGCACCAUCACCAGGAAACAUCUGGCAGAAUGGGGACCGUUUGACCUUCUGAUUGGUGGUAGUCCCUGUAACGACCUAUCCAUGGUGAACCCAGCCAGAAAAGGCCUUUUUGAGGGCACAGGCCGACUGUUCUUUGAAUACUACCGUAUGCUAACUAUGAUGAGGCCAAAAGAAGACGAUGACCGGCCUUUCUUCUGGCUCUUCGAGAAUGUGGUGGCCAUGAGCGCACAUGAUAAAGCUGAUAUUUGUCGCUUUUUGGAGUGUAAUCCGAUCCUAAUUGAUGCUGUGAAAGUGAGUCCCGCCCACAGAGCGCGCUACUUCUGGGGCAAUCUACCUGGAAUGAACAGACCACUGUCUGUAUCACUCAACGACAAAGUAGAGCUGCAGGACUGCCUGGAAGUUGGUCGGGUUGCUCAGUUUAAUAAAGUUCGCACCAUCACAACAAAAUCUAAUUCCAUUAAGCAAGGAAAAAUGGGCCCUCUUCCUGUUACCAUGAAUGGGAAGGAGGAUUACCUUUGGUGUACAGAGAUGGAAAGGAUAUUUGGCUUCCCUAAGCAUUACACUGAUGUGAAUAACAUGAGUCGAGGCCAGAGGCAGAAGGUUCUGGGGCGUUCCUGGAGUGUUCCUGUGAUUCGUCACUUAUUUGCACCACUGAAGGAUUACUUUGCAUGCGAGUCUUAGUUAUCCUUUAACUACUAUGGAAGUAUAAUUGUGCCAACUGUCCUCAAGGCAAAAUGGUAUGUUGAAUUACAUAAAUCGAAUAAAACCGUAUCACGAUAACAAUACUUGAAUUUUUCUGCCCAGCAAUUUGACACAAAUUGAAAAAAAAACCCCAAAAAACACAGCAAUAACCAUGCUUGAAUUAGUUUCCUCUGCAAUUCACUGGGUUUGUGUAUUUUGGUUGAAAACAAAAUUCCAUCAUUUAAAUUCAAUACAAACAUAUUCACCUUCCUAAAAUACAGUUCCAAAAUAUUCAAUUGUUAAAAUACCAUCUUCAUUAUUCGUCAGAUAAUAUUUCAACACAUUAUUUUUCAACCUCAAAUUCAGGCUGCAAAAAACCGGGUCUUAAAAUUCAGAUCUUAACAUCUGGGUCUCACAGGAAGAGCAAUGGAUUACUGAUACUACUGUAAUGUGCUGACAAGCCACAAGAGAAGAUGAACCUAGUGGACUGGUAUAAAGUUGGUUUGACGUUGGACGUUCUGUAUUCACAGAUAUGCGCAAAUUAAGGGACCGUGUCUAAAGUUACAUACGGCAUUGGUAUAUAUGUUUAACUUCAAUAGCAUUCGAAGGGAAUGACUUGGUCAUAAAACCAACUGUAAAGUGUUCAUCUAGGUGUCAGCUAUAACGCGCAACUUUUUAUAAAAAAUCUAAAAGGUGUGCAUCAUAUCUGACACCUACAGGAACACUUUACAGUUGGUUUUGUGACUGUAAGUCAUUCUCUUCAAAUGCUAUUGAGAUUUAAACUAUGGUAUAUUUGUGUAUAUGUCCAUACAGUAUAAAACAUCACAAUAUUUAGAUAUGAUUUGACAGUUUAUUUAAUUAAAAAUCAAAAAUCAGAAAUGUGUGCAUUAUAGCUGACAUUUGGAUGAACACUUUACAGUUGGUUUUAUGAACAAGUCAUUCCCUUCGAAUGCUAUUGAAGUUAGAAACGUGUAUACCAAUGUCGUAUGUAACUUUAGAGACGGUCCCUUAAUUUGUGCAUAUCUGCGAAUACUGAACGUCCAACGUCAAGCCAACUUUAUGCCAGUCCGGUCAGUUCAUCUUCUCUUGUGGCUUGUCAGCACAAUCCCACCACUAGCGGGCUGGCCCAGAGUAGCAUGUUACAGUAGUAUCGGCAAUCCAUUGCUCUUCCUGUGAGACCCGGAUGUUAAGACCUGAAUUUUUGCAGCCUGAAUUUGUGAGGUUGAAAAAUAGUGUUGAAAUAUUAUCUGACAAAUAAUGAAGAUGGUAUUGUAACAACUAAAUAUUUUGGAACCGUAUUUUAGGAAGGUGAAUAUGUGUGUAUUGAAUUUAAAAUGCUGGAAUUUUGUUUUCAGUCAAAAUAUACAAACCCAAUGUAUUGCAGAGGAAACUAAUUCAAGCAUUGUUAUUGCUGUGGGUUUUUUUUUUUUCAAUUUGUGUCAAAUUGCUGGGCAGAAAAAUUCAAGUAUUGUUAUUGCGAUAACUUUUUAUUCGAUUUAUGUAAUUCAACAUGCUAUUUUGCCUUGAGGACAGUUGGCACUAUUAUACUUCCAUAAAACUACUAUCCUUUAACAACCUUGAGAUUCAAAAGGAGAGGAAAAGUAAUGCCUUGGAAUUUUUUACCUACAACCCUAAAAUCUGUUUCUUAGCAAUUUUUUUAAUUAAUGAAUUUUUAGAAGAUUUUUGGUGUUUUGCAAACUUUGACCUUUUAGAAAAUCUGUUUUAUGACACACUGUUAUUAUUUUAAAGUCACCUGGUCGCUUUUUUCAGCUUCAGCAAGGUCAGGAUGCACGGACACUUUUUGGUUUUAAACAUUCUAUGUACUGUUGAUCUAGUUUUGUUUAGACUGUCUUUUUUUAGUCUGUCUUAAUGAAAAUGUUGUGCUAGGGAGCCACUGAACCCCCACCCCACUACCUCAGUUAUAAUUUGUGAUUGGUGCAUUAUCUGGAAAAAUGCUGUUUACCUAUUUAUACGUUAAUGAAUGACAGUGAGUUGGGCUUAUAGGCACUCUUAAUGCUACAUAAGUUUAUCAGGUCAGGAAUUUUUUUUAUAAAUAAUCAUCAGACUGGUCAUUUAAAUUCAUGCCAUCAUAUAUUUUUCAGAAAUUUUUCUGUCUCAGUAUACAUACUACUUUUACAUUACCAUCACUGAUAUUCUCGACAAUUUUAAAUGUAAUCAUGUAAUAUAUUUUUAUAGUACAAAUCCCAAAGCUGAUUCGAAUAUGAAAAAAAAAUCUAAUCAGAAAUUGAAUAAGCCUCAAUUUGACAAGUUGACAGCUUUACUUUUUGAGCUUUUGGUGCUAUCACUUUUUAUUGAAGUUUCUCUGAAUAUAAAGGGGAGGAAAAGUUUUAAAUUUAGUAUUUUAUACAUGACUACUGUGAUUCCUGAAUAUAUUUUAACAUGACUACCAUUAUCACUGUAUUUUGAAUGUAGAAUCAGACCACAUGAACAGUUUGUGCUUUGUUCACAUUAAGAAAUGCCAAAAAAAAAAAAACAUUCUGUGGCUCCAAUUGUCCAUUCAUCAUUAAGAUGCUAUAAACAUAGGAAGUCAUAUUUAUCCAGGACAGUUUGAGGUGCUAACAAAGCAGCAUUUGCUUGGUGCAUGGUGCUUAUUCUGUGGAAGUUGUAAAAUUAGUAUUUAUUCUGUAUACAAAAUUAUGUUGAUCACGUACUGUUUACUAGCAUGUUCAUUAAACCUGUUAGAGCAAUACUUCAUAACAAAUAAACAAAAUUCCGAGGUCACACCUGUGGUGUAAACUGAAACGGUGAUGCAAGAUGUUUGAGGUCUAACUAGUGGUGAAGUCAUUCAUGUAAGCUAUGUGAAAUGUCUUUAUAUUGCUUUCUGUAGCAUAGUAAAUGUUAGCACACCAGGAGAAUCUACUAAACUGUUUACACAAGCAGGUCUCAUUUCCAUGGAGAAUACUUGACUGAUCAGUUGUUGCUGUUGUUUUUAAUUAAUUCCUUUUUUUACUUUCUUGAGAGUGAGUUUUAGUGUUGUCCUCUUGAACUUUUCUACUGAGUGAUUAUGUUAACAUCAAGCUUUUAUAUCUGGGUUCUUACUGUCAGAAGGUGAUCAUUGCUGUUCAAGCGAGUGAUGGUCUCCUAUAGUGUCAAGCAUAAAAGCCACAUGAAAUGGUUACAACUCAUGGGCCAAGUUUACAUUUUUAUUUUGUAACUUGGUAUUCCACUAAGUUUGAUUGACAUGUGAUGUAACUGGCAACUAAUAAAUUGUUUCAACGUACUGUUUAA